AUGUUAGAAAGAUGUUUAUUGGAUUGGGGUCUUGAGGAUGUGUUUGGGGUUACUCUAGACAACGGUAGUGCUAAUACGAAGGCAAUUGAAUAUUUGAAGAAAAGUGUGAUUGGUUGGACUUCAUCUCAAGUUAGAGCCGAAUAUUUGCACGUCAGAUGUGCAGCUCAUGUUCUUGCCAUUGUGACAAGAGAUGAAGUCACACUCUACAAUAAGUCGAUAUGUAGGAUCAGAUGGAAUAGUACUUAUUUAAUGUUAGAAGCUGCUGAAAAGUAUGAAAAGGUUUUCAAAAGGUUAGAAAAGCAUGAUAGGGACUUUAGACAGAAGUACAUAUUUGAAGAAUCAAGGAAAGAUGCUUUACCUGAUACUGAUAAUUAUGACAUGGAAAUUGAUAAUGUUUUUGAGGAUUACUCUAGUUCUGAAUAUGAGGGGGAAGUUGAGGAUGAUUAUUUUCUGCCUCCACAACUGUUACCACUCCUUGUUUUUUUGUGGGAAGUAGUACUCAUCCAUGAACAGUUAGUUGAGUUUAGAGAUAAUGCAACUAAUGAUCCAUUUAUUGCUCGUACGGCUGAUAUUAUGUUUAGAAAGUACAAUUUUUAUUGGGGUGCUUAUGAAAAGAUGAAUUCUGUCUUGUUUUUCGCUCAACUGUUGGACCCAAGAGAGAAGGAGAAGGGUUUAGAAUUUUCUCUUCAGUGUUUAUAUGAGCAAGACCUUGUUAGGGUUAAUACAGUUAUGAGACAGGUCAAGAGGGGCUUUAAGAUACUCUUUGAAGAAUACAAGUCUUUUCAUUCAAUUAAUGAGGAGGUGGCAAGUUCAUCUACUAGUGUUGUAGUUGAGAACUCAGUUAUUGCUCCAAAUGGUGGUCGACUUGCUACUCUUCUGUCAAGGAAGAAAAGGCACAAGAAGAACCAAUCAGCUGCUGAGGAAACAAUAACAAAGUUGGAUAUGUAUUUAAUUGAAGUGUUUGAUGAGUCUGAAUCGGAUGGGAACAAUACAGGAAAGUCUAGUUUUGAUAUUGUGGCUUGGUGGCAGGCUAACAGUAGCAGGUAUAAGAUACUUUCAUGUAUUGCAAAGGGUAUAUUAGCCAUGCCAGUGUCUUCGGUUGCCUCUGAAUCAUAUUUUAGCACCGGAAAGCGUGUGCUUAGUCCAUGGAGAAGUUCUUUAUCUCCAAGGACAGUUGAGGCUUUGCUCUGUUGUCAAACUGGUAAGCAAACCCAUUGA